AUGUUAAUUUAUCGGAAAAGUUUUAACUUUUCAUAUUGUGUUUUAAAUUGUUUGUUUUUAUCAAUUUUGUUGGGAUCAUCUUUUGUGGACGGACGUUUAAUCUCAACCUUAUUUGGGACACCGACUCAUUGCAAUGUGAAUAAUGUAAGAUAUGCGUGUACCCUAAGUUUAGCAUGUUGGAUUAUUGGAGGCAAUUCAGAAUCGGGAUGUGGACAACCAUCAUGGUUUGUUUCAUGUUGUAUAGUUAACAAAUCAAAUCAUGCAUCCUCAUCAACGCCCCCGAUUAUAAUAACAACGAAACAAAAAAAGAUACCAGAAACAGCGAUAUUACGAAAACGUGUUGAUGAUUUUCCGACAUACAUUUAUGAGAACACAGACGAAGAAUGUGGUAUAUCACGUGAGCAUAAAUUUAUACAAAAACGUAUUAUUGGUGGACAAGAAGCACGAUUUGGACAAUUUCCAUGGCAAGCACAUAUACGAAUAUCAGCGUAUCAAUGUGGCGGAGUAUUAGUAUCAAGCAGAUAUGUUGCAACAGCUGCGCAUUGUAUUAUUCGAGCACCAUUACAUGAUAUUCUUGUAUACCUUGGCGAAUUGGAUACUUUGGAUACCGGUGUAGUACCAGAAUUAGUACCAGCAGAAAAAUAUAGGGUAAUGAAAAAAAUAAUACAUCCAUUAUUUGAAUAUCGAUUAAGUCAACCAGAUCGUUACGAUUUAGCUUUAUUAAAAUUAAACACAGGCCGUGCAAAAGUUCGACAUGGUUUACAUAUCACACCAAUAUGCUUGCCGGAUAUGAUUCCAGAAUUUAAUACAGCGAAUGAAAUUUUUGAUAACAAUGAUGUGAAUGCAUUAUUAGCUGGUAAAAUGGCUGUGGUAGCUGGUUGGGGUAAAAUAUUACCAUCAAUUGAUCAAUCUGGUACAAAUUUAUUACGUUCAGCAACUGUACCUAUUUUGGAUGCCGAAGAAUGUGUUGCCUGGCACAAUAGUAAACAAAUAAAAGUUGAAUUACAUUCAGAAAUGAUUUGUGCAGGUCAUGCUGAUGGGAAUCAAGAUGCAUGUUUAGGAGAUUCUGGGGGCCCCUUGAUAAUUAAAAUGAAUGGUCGAUGGACAUUGGUUGGUAUAACAAGUGCUGGAUUUGGUUGCGGUGAACCAAAACAACCUGGAAUCUAUCAUAGUGUUUCAAUAACUGCAUCCUGGAUUCGACACAUGAUUAAUAUGUAAUUAUUAUGCUAUAAUUAUAACAUGCAUAUUAUAUUACUAUCAAUGGUCCGAUGUGCAAUUAUUGUACACUUGUACCUGUACAUAAUUAAUAAGUAAAAUCAUAUACAGGAUGAAUAUAUAUAUAUGCACUGUCAAAAAUGUUGGGAAGAAUGCACUUAAUUAAAAGAAAGAAUGGUUU